AUGGAAGGCUCGCGAGAGGAGCGGCAGCAAAUGCGACAGCGCGGAGCUGGCACGCGCAAAGCCAAGGAAGUGGACUUCGGCUUCGCAUUUGGCAGCCCACUGGCCCAGCCACCAGCUCCUGCGCCGCUUGCUAUUGUCCCUGAACCGAAGAACGUACCGCAAACACAGCCCGCGCCGGCCAUACCACAACCGUCCGAGGCAUCGCAACCAAUUUCGCCCCCUCCUGCAGCUGCGCGUACACCGAGAAGCGCGCGUAAUAAUCUUCCAGAGCGGCCUUCGACCUAUGACAUUGCAUCAGACGAGAGUGGCGAGCAGACAAGAAGCAACAAAAGGAGAAAGCUAAGCUCUCAGCCGGCCAGCGAUCAAUUGAUUGGUGGCGAAAGUGGCUUGCGAUCAGAGAAUGGGGAUUUGCAAUCUCCCAAUGGCAACGCGAAUAACGUCGGGCUGCAAAGAAGCCCCAUUCCAGGCAUCUCUGAUACAAACAUUCAGAAACAACAAGAGAAUCCUGAGACUGAACCUCUCCAAGAUCCCAUAAUAUCCCAUCCCGAGACCUCUAUUCAAGACCAACAUCAGGGCAACCACGAGUCGGACGCCAAUGGUACAGAACCAGCCACGCAAUCGGCAACUGCUGCCGAUACUGAGCAGCCGACACGUAUUGAAUCCCCGAUAAAUGAGCCCUCCGGUAAUAGUGCAGCAAUCAGAGAAGCACCGCCGCCGGGUACAUCGUCCAAAUCGCCUCAGCCCCAAGAUCAAACUGAGGCAUUGCAGCUUCAAAGCACUGAAUCAAAGGGCUCAGAUCGCAGAUCCAGUCAAGCACCACCUGAAGACGAGCGGACCGGGACUCUGGUCGUUGAGCAAAGAAAUGAACCAGGGAAGGAAGCAGUACAGCGCGAAAGUCCACCCGGGGAACCAAAAGAUUCUCACACACUGCCUGUUGCCGCGAAUGUUCGUGUAGCAGAUGACCUCCAGGGUUCACGAGAUGAGGCACAACAAGAACACCAGCAGUCCACUCAGGAGCCAUCUGCCAAACCGAAGAAGCCUCGGAGUCGCCUCCCACGUAAAACCCCUGCUCAAUCUUCAAAUCCACCCGCAGACACUACAGCAAAACAGCCCGACGCAGAGCUACAAAACGAGUCCGAGUCAACCCAGGGCGAGACAGCCUCCAAGGCCAAGCGCACUAAUGGUGGGCCUGCAAUCGGUGAGAAGACUGGCGAUGCGGCCAAACCCGACCACACAUCGUCUCAAGCGGAUCCUGAAACUGUUGACGUACCUCCGGGCCCACGCAGAGGCCGCAAGAAGGCGUCAGAAAAGCCUACCCAUCAGCCGGAACCCGUGGAGUCUGCAGCGCAAAAGCCACAGCGAGACAGGCCGGGCAAGAGACCAAACCGCUCCUUAGAACCCGAAGAGCCCCAAACAGAGCGUCAGCCGGAGGCUGAAGCAGACGAUGCAGCUGCAGUGCCCGAAUCUCGGCGCGGAAGACCUGGGAAGAAACCCAAACACGCCGUGGUACCCGAGCCCGAGCCAGAACAGGAACCGGAACCUCAGCAUGAGGCUUCGACCUUCAACCAACCCGAGCCAGAGGCGGAGACUGCGGCGCCCAAAUCGCGGCGUGGCAGAUCUGGCAAGGGAAAACGCACCGCAGAAUCUGAGCCUGUGCCCGAGCCUGAGCAGCCCGAAGAAGAACAACAACCGGAACCUCAGCCGGAGCCUUCGAUCAUUGAUCAACCUGAACCUGAGACGGAGACCGCAGCGCCCAAAUCGCGGCGUGGCAGACCUGGCAAGGUUAAACGCACCGCAGAAUCCGAACCUGUACCGGGGCCUAGUGAGCCUGAGCCAGAACAAGAACCGGAACCUCAGCCUGGGACUUCGACCUCCGAUCAGCACGAACCUGAGGCGGAGACUACGGCACCCAAAUCACGGCGUGCCAGAUCUGGCAAGACCAAACGCACAGCAAACCCCAAGUCUGUGCCCGAGCCUGAGGAGCCCGAAGAAGAACCUCAGCCGGAGCCUUCGGCCAUUGACCAACCUGAAAUUGAAACGGAAACCGCAGCACCCAAAUCGCGGCGUGGCAAACCUGGCAAGGCCAAACGCGCAUCGGAGCGCGAGUCCGGGCCUGAAGUCGAGGGUGAACCUAACCCAGAAAGUGAAGCGGGACAGGAACAACCUCGUCGCAAGACUCGAGAGCCUCGCGGAGAAACCGUCCCAGUCACUGUCUAUCGACUUGCCAAUGUCACAUCUCUUGGCAAUACAACAUCUACAGCCGACGCUCCUGGUGGCGAUCAAGAUUCUGCUGACGAACUCACUUCUGAUAAACGAACCAAGAUUCCCAGCCGCGGCGGUGUCAACCCUGCCGAUGUGCUAAGCCAGAUCUGUCGCGAGACCCUGGACAAGACAUUGAACACCCUCAAGGAUGGAAUUGAAAAGGAGACGAAUACUGCGCGACGUGCAGAGUGGUCACGCAAGAAGAAGGCAGUCGAGAUAUUUGGCUCCGAGCUUGACAGUCGUCUUAUGGAUCUCAGCGGAAUGUUAGACAGCAACUUUGUGCUGGGUGUUCAACUGAAGAAGACCAAGCGAGAGAUGAUGGAUCUUCGUGGUCAACUAUACCGGGUUCGCCGAGAACGAGAAAGUGUGGCCUUGCAAAUGGACGCAGUGCGCAGCAACCACGCUGAGGAGGAGAAAGCGAAAACCUCCCGGAACACCAUCAGCAACUCCCUCCACAGUCUUGAGCUCGCUCUUGAGCGCAAUCAGCAACGACCCGGUCCCACAGCUGAGUCUACUCCGGACCUCGAGUUCAUGCUCCGCACUGUUGCCGAUAUCAGUGCCCGUGCGCCUGGAGGCCAAGGCGGGCUUCUCAAUCAGAUUCGGAGUUUCAAUGCGCAACUAGAAGCUACCGUGAGUCGCCUGGAGCGAUAA